AUGUUAAUCAUUCAGGUUACGUUCCUUAUCUUCAAAGAAUUACGAUUGAAGCAGAACGAUACUGUGAAAGGAACAUGGCUUGGCCAACUACUCUCAACAGAAUGUUUCAGGAAGUUAAAAGUUCUUGUGCUCAUACGCGUUCCUGGGAAAUCAACUGCUCUUCCAUAUUGCUUAAUUCAAUCAUUACCAAAUCUUGAAAAGCUUGUUCUGAGUGAUGCUUCCUUUUGUCAAAAAUUCUGGUCUAAAGAAGUCAGUGAUGAGGAAAAACAUGCAUCGGCACUCGCUCGGUUAAGUGAAUUGAGGUUCUCCAAACUUCUAGAGCUGACAAAUCUCUGGGAGGAAGGAUUCCAACCCAUACCAGUUUUCUGUAAACUGAGAAUUCUUGAAGUGUUGGAAUGUGACAAAUUAAAGACUUUGGUGCCAUCUUUGGUGUCUUUCAAAAAUUUAACCAAUUUGGAAGUUCCAAGAUCUCAUGGAUUCAUAAAUUUAAUAGCAUGCUCAACAGCUAAGAGCCUUAUGCUACUCGAGAGAAUGAGCAUAAAUGAUUGUGAGAUAAUAGAGGAAAUCAUAGCAUGUGGUGGUGCUGAAAUGGAAGGAAAGUAUUUGCAACUAAGUUGUCUACCAAGUCUAGCAAGCUUUUGCUUAGGGGAUCACAACUUUGAAUUCCCGAUCUUGCGAAAGGUGAUUGUGAGAGAGUGCCCAAAAAUGAAGACUUUCUGUCAAGGAGAUUUAAGCACACCAAAACUGAAGCAAGUGCAACUGACAGAGGAGGAAGAAAAAGGGAGGUGGGAAGACGACCUUAGAACUUCUGUAAAGCAACUAUUCAAUGAAAUGGUUACUUUCAUAGCACGUCUUUAUGUCACAAUGGGUAUCUCUAUCUCACAUCGGAUAGGAACGGAAGGUUCUGGGCUCCUUAUAAGAUGGUGUGCUGCGCACCCCAACAGGUGCAUUUUUUGGGGACAAGGUAAUGACCUCAUGACAAGUGAUAUCAAAGCAGAUUGGACUUCAUCUGACUCACUCCAAACGCCCCAACAGAUCGGGGUAAGUAGGGUGACCGACGGCAAUGAAGGUGUUACGUGUCACAAAAGGUACCUCUAUCCCACAUCGAACAAGAACGGAAAGUUUUGGGUUUUUUAUAAACAAGUGCACACCUCAAGAGGCAUGUCUUUUGGGAAGAGGGUAAUGAUCCCGUAACAUUUACACCUGCA